AAAACCUUGCCUGAGAAACAAAAAAAAAAAAAAAACCCCAAAACCGCCCAAGUGCCUCCCGACCGCCAUCGCAGUUAUGGAUUCCUCCCCCUCCGCCUCCCCCGCGGCGGCGGCGGCUGCGCCUGCUGCUGGUGCUGCUGCCGCCACGGACCGGUACACGUUCAGGCCGGGGCUGCGGUGGCAGCCGGAAGUCGAGGAGUACUUCGCGUCGGCGUACGGCCGCGACCACUUCGCCCGCAUCUCCCAAGCCCUUGCGCAUCCUUCUUGCUACUCUUGCAUCCGUGUGAAUACUCUAAAGUCUACCACUCAUACUGUCAUGCAAAAACUGCUGAAAUUGGUAAAUCAGAAUGGACUUUCUUGUGGAUUUAAUGGUUUGAAGAUCGGUGAGCAGAAUGGUGGAGAGCAAGCACAUGAAGGGAGUUACCUGGUGCACAAGUGCCCGUAUUCAGGCCUUGAAAAUGUUCUAUUUAUUCGAGGUUCAGGACCACAUGCUCUGCAUUACAAUGACCAACCUGGUCACUCUAUGAAGGAGAUAAUUGUAAGUCGAAAAUGUGCAGAGUCAGUUCUUCGAGGAGCCCAGGUGUAUGUCCCUGGUGUUUUAGCUUGCAGUGCACAUGUUGAAAAGGGUGAUAAGGUUGCAGUGUCAGUCGCUAUUGAACAACCUGUCAAGGACAGUGGUUGGGCUGUUGGUAUAACACGAGGAAUCGUUCUACAGGGGUUGCAGUCAGAUGCACAUUAUGAAGAGAGAAAGGGUUUGUACAUUGGUCAAGGGAUUGCUGCAAUGUCAAGGGCAGGAAUAUUUCGUGUUCUUCAUGGAGUUGCAGUAGAGAUGACUGAGAGGGUAUACAAACUACCAUCUUUUAAUGACGUGCUUGAAGGGGAGAUAUUUCUUCAAAAUUUGCCAAGUAUUGUGGCUGCUCGUGUCCUUGAUCCCCGGCCAGGAGAGCAAAUAUUGGACAUGUGUGCUGCUCCAGGAGGGAAAACAACAGCAAUUGCUAUCCUUAUGAGGGACAAAGGAGAAAUUGUUGCCCUUGAUAGAUCUCACAAUAAGGUGAUGGGUAUUUUGAAGUUGGCUGAUGAGAUGGGCCUAAGUUGUAUAAGAGCUUAUAAACUUGAUGCUCUCAAAUCUGUACGGAAGGCUUAUGAGGAAAGAAAUCUUGGCGUGGCUGAUAAUUGCUCUGAAGCAAUUGUGACCCUAGCAGAGAACUCUGGCCCUAUCCGUAGUAUAAUCGGUGCCGGUGUUACGAAUGCAGCUGAAGACAGCUCAACUGCAAUAGUUGAGCAGACUGAUGCCAAAAGGUAUGUUAGCAAGGCAGACCUCAGGAAGAAUUUAAGGCGAUUGAGGAACGGGACAGGAAGAAGUAACUGCUCUGGAGGUAGAGUUGAAGACUCAAAAGGAUUCUUUCCAAGCAGCUUUGAUCGUGUCCUCCUUGAUGCUCCAUGUUCUGCACUUGGCUUGAGACCUCGUCUCUUUGCUGGUGAGGAAACUCUGGAAUCGCUGAGAAAGAAUGCGACGUAUCAAAGAAGAUUGUUUGAUCAAGCUGUUAAGCUAGUUCGCCCUGGUGGGAUAAUUGUUUAUUCCACGUGUACCAUAAAUCCAGGAGAAAAUGAGGCUUUGGUCAGAUAUGCCUUGGAUACAUACAAAUUCCUGUCACUAGGAUCACAGCACCCAAAAGUUGGAGGACCUGGUAUUAUUGGCUCGUGUAAGCUGCCCAACAAGGCAUAUACUGAUAAAAGUUGCCUGGACAACUCUAACAAUCAAACGCUCUUGCAGGCAGUGGUUGACGGAGGAUGAAGCACAGCUUGUCCAGAGGUUUGAUCCAUCAUCAUCACUGGAUACGAUGGGUUUCUUCAUUGCGAAGUUUAAUGUUGGACAGAAGGAGGACUGAGCAAAGUGUGGUUUGUGUUGAGCACCAUAUGUUGGGUACUACAAAUCUUCGAUAGAAUCAGUUAAAUUGCAGGCAUUUUCAGUAGUCACUGGCAUGUAUUGUUGCGACUACCUGCAUUGCAUCCAAACAUUUCUUGAGAAUUUUGGUUAUCUAGGGGCUUAUAUAGUAACGAAAUCACAAGAGGACUAUGAUUUAAACAUGUGUAAGUUUGAUAUGACAGAAAUUUUUUGAGGUAUUUCUAGGUUAUCGCUGGAUGGGUGGUGGGUUGGAACAGAAUUAAAGAACAAUGUUGGGUUGGCCUUCAUGAUAGGUCUUUCGCUGGAGAGGUGACUAGUUGUUCAAUUGUUCAGUGUGUAUUGUUUCGCAAAACUACAAUAUUUUCCUAUUAUUUGGUUUUUGGUUACUUAAAAA